AAUAUAGAGCAAUUAUCUAAAAUCCAAACACCAGAACAAUCUUAUAAUUUUAUUGAUGGAUUAGCUCUGAAAAGCUUGUGCUAUGAGGAUUGUUCACCAUGCACUGUUAACCCUUAUAUCUUAUUACAU